GUGCAUGACACAAGCUGGCAGGUGGUACAGCUGCAUUUGCGACUAUGACAUGACCUGGUGACCAGCAAAAUAAUGGAAUUGAGAGCCAAUGAGUAGUCAGUGUAAGUGGCACGGAGUCAGCUGUAAACUCAAGCCCCAUGCUAACAUAUGUUGGCUGAAGCUCUAUGGUGGAAAGAUGACAGUCUGGGGAACAAAGGGGAGAGAAGGAAGAUUCACCUUUCACAUUCCAAUGAAUGAAAGAGGCAAAACUUGGAAUACAGCAAGAUAAAACAAUACAUUCUGUUGGAUUCCUGCCUGGGAAGGAACAAUACUGAACAUAGUUAUUAAAGAGCUACGUCCCAAAUGUUGUCGCAGUCAUCAAUCUCUACUUGCCAGCAGAGCAACUGAAGUCUGCGACAGACUCGUUUCUCUUCCUUGCCAGAGGCCAAGCGCCCAAAUGGGGUCUCUCAACACAACAAACUUCAUUACAAGGCUUUCUGCUUUGUGUCUGAGGAAAACCAAGAUGCAACACAGGCACCAAAGUAACAGACGACCAACGGUUCCACUCGGAUCACGGAUUUUAACUGAUCCUUCUAAGGUCUUUGAGCAUAACAUGUGGGACCACAUGCAGUGGUCACAAGAAGAAGAAGAGAAUGCCAAGAAAAAAGCAACAGAGAAUUCUCUUGUGAAAGUUCAAUCAGAAGACCGAGAUAAAUAUGAGAGAGAAGCCAGUAAAUAUUGGAAUGAAUUUUACAAGACACAUAAAAAUAACUUUUUCAAGGAUCGCAAUUGGCUGUUUCUGGAGUUUCCAGAAAUUCUUCCAGAAAAAAGGAGAGAAGAGUUCAAAACAGAAAAAAUGUCUUUGGAACACACAAAAAUAAAUAAUGACAACAGUUUUUCACUCAAAAAUGGAAUGUUUGAAGAAGGAGAAAAAUACUGGGAGAAAAAUUAUGGAUCUGGUUCUACUGCUGUACAAGGAUAUGUAUAUAAUAAAAAUCAAGUGAAAGCUCUUACUGCCAACCCUCAAGGUAAAAAGUGUGGAGAAGAACUUGGCAAGGUCGAAUCCUUCCCUGGUUGUGAUGCCACUUACCGAAUAUUAGAGGUUGGCUGUGGAGCUGGAAACAGUGUCUUUCCGAUUCUGAAAGUUCUAUGCAAUACACCUGGAACCUUUCUGUACUGUUGUGAUUUUGCUUCAGGAGCAGUGGAGCUGGUAAAGUCACAUUCGUCCUACAAUUCAGCCUGGUGUUCUGCCUUUGUUCAUGAUGUGUGUGAUGAUGCUUUACCCUAUCCUUUUCCAGAUGAGAUCCUGGAUGUCAUUCUCCUUGUCUUUGUGCUCUCUACUAUUCAUCCUGACAGGAUGCAAGGGGUUGUAAAUAGGUUGGCUAAGCUACUGAAGCCUGGAGGAAUGUUGUUAUUUCGGGACUACGGAAGAUACGAUACAGCUCAACUUCGUUUUAAAGAAGGUCAUUGCUUGUCAGAAAAUUUUUAUGUAAGAGGAGAUGGAACCAGAGUGUAUUUCUUUACCAAAGAUGAGGUAUGGAACAUGUUCACCUUGGCUGGAUUAACUGAAGUACAGAAUUUAGUUGAUCGGCGAUUACAAGUAAACAGAAAGAAAAAAGUGAAAAUGCAGCGAGUUUGGAUACAAAGCAAGUUCCAGAAGCCAUUGCAAUCUCUGCAUAAUCCUGAAGAAAGCAUCAAAAGGCACCCUUGUAAAUAAUUUUACUCCAGAAAUGCAGUACAAAAUUGAACUUCAGAAACUGAAGGAAAUUUGAGUACCUGUGUUUUCAUUUAAGUAUGCAUAAAUGUUGUGUUAGCCACUGAAAAGUAUUAAAAAGUUCAAUAAAUGUAUUGAAGUAAAAA